CUGACAGGGGGGUGGAUGGUGCGUUGGAGUCGGUGUGAUUGGUCACCUCUACGUAGGAGAGGACGCUUUUCUGCGCUCAAAGUUGUGCACUUUUUAAACAGAGCAGAGGGCAGAGGUGUUCAGACCACACACACACAGCCGCCAGGGAUCGAGACCCACGAGCUGAGCCGAGCAGAACCGAACCGAGCGGACCAGUGCGCACCAAGCGACACAGCCUCUCCAGAACCGAAGCGCACCGAUCCAGAGGAAGAGGAGCGAGUACGCACAGUCAUGACGCUGCCAACAGUGCGACAACUUUUUAUUUUAUGCUUAUUCUGGUUUCUUGGAUGUUGCAGCUCAACAGAUGCCAGCCCUUACGACCAGUGGGAAGACGACAUAGCGUUCAGAAAGGUGCGUGGCAUCCAGGGUGAUGAUCUGAAUGACGUCUUGUGGAGAGACCAGGAUGAGGAACAAGUUCAGAAUGUUUUCAAAAGAUUUCUGUUUCAUUACUCCAAAGCACGUGACUCUGUAGGAGCUGUACAGCACGAGUCUCACUCAGUUCACCCUCUGAUGCGACUUUCGCCAAAGCUUUCCCAGAGGAGAAAGGUUCUACUUUUGAAGAUUUGAGUGCUGCCAGAGGGGCUGUUGUAAAAGACCAGUCUGAAGAACAAACAAGGAAAAUCAGAUCGGACAGAAGAAGAAGAGCAGCAGCGGGCAACUUCUCCUCCGGACGCCACCUUCAAAAAACAGCUGAUGGGACAACACAUCUCCGACGUGGCUGACAGGCACAUGGCUUUUUGUUAACAGAAAAUAAAUUAUUGUAUAGAUGGAAUAAAAAAACAGAGUGGCUGCCACAUGUCUUCCUGCUUCCAAAUGUCAACGUGAAAUGUUUCCAAGCACAAAUUUGUCAUGUUGCACAAGAAAUAUGUCUUUUAAUCUUGAAACAAAUCAUUUAAAAGAAGGUCUUAGGCAAGGUCUUUUUAGGUCAAUGACAGAUUCCAAAAAAAUAGCAUUUGGGGGAAAAUACUGAUAUUGUGGCAAAGCGGUGAACUCACAUUUAAUUUUACAGAUUUUAAAUGUACAUGUACAUUUUGUGACAAAAUUAACAUGAAACAUAAUAAAAAAGUUAAAAUUUG